AUGGCCCGGGGUGGCCCUGGUGAACGACGCUUAACUACAGCAUCGCCACUUGACGCGGGCCGUUCAUUCGCCAGUCAGAAAUCAGAUUCGGGCCGUUCAUUCGCCAGUCAGAAAUCAGAUUCGGACCUACGCUAUUUUAUUCCGAAGAAUAAAGUUUUGAAUCAUACUGGAUUCGAACGAAGGACUAUAGCUACUGAAGUUGCUAUUAAGUUGCAUGGACUGCUCUUUGUUUUCGGACCACCUCGAUUGCUUCAUAGUGAUAAUGGUCGUGAUUUUGUAUCAGCUGUUAUCAUGGUGUUAAAAAGUCUUUUUCCAGAUUUGCAUUUUAUUCGAGGUAGACCGAGACAUCCACAAAGCCAAGGAUGUAUCGAAAGAGCAAACGGGGUUUUGUGUGAUGCUCUCGGUAAAUGGAUGUCCACCAACAAUUGUUCUAGUUGGUCUGAUGGCUUAUUGCCUAUAGUUUCCGGGAUUAAUACCAGAAUGUCUACUGUUACCAAAACAACCCCAUAUGAAGUCAUGUUUGGACAAGCACCUCGUUGUGAUUCUGAUUAUCGAAAAUUAGUAAGUAAAAAUGGAAUAGAUGAUGAAAAUGAUUUACCAACUCCUGUUGUUGCAUCAACAGAUUAUUUAAAUGACGGUAAAAGUGAUACGUUAAUUAAUUUUGAUGAAGAUCUUAAUCCAGAAGUAGUUGAACUCGUCAAACAACUAUCUGACGAUGUUGUUUCUUCAUUAAAUGCUGAACCAUCAAUAUCAUCAUCAGUUACAUAA